CUUGAUUGGAUUAAAAAUGAGAUUGCCAGAGGCAAAUUACAUAAUGCACCCCCUAUUAUUUAUGACCUGUCAAUAAAACUGUGCAACAUCCCUCGGGGAGACAGGUUAGAUAAAAUCAAUAAGUGUAAAAAGUCUGUAGGUGUAACAUGUUUCAAGUGUGGAAAACCAAACCAUUUUGCAAAACUGUGUAAAAGUAAAAGUGUAAAUUUCUUAGAAACAGAUAAUUUUGAUGGAUAUAGCAGUGAGGAAAUAUACGCCAUUUCUGGUAAGAAUGCUGCCACUCUCCAAAUUGUCCUUGAAAAUAAAAAAGUUGAUGUUUUAAUUGAUAGUGGGUCAUCUGUCAAUAUAAUUGAUGAGCAUUUGUUUGGUAAACUUAAACAUAAACACACUCGCCUACUUCCCACAAGUUCUAAGGUAUAUCCUUAUGGUAUCAAAACACCAAUCAAACUUAUUGGUAUGGCAUAUCUCAACAUAAGGGUAAAUAAUGAAACACACAGUGUCGAGUUUCAAAUUCUCAAAGGUACAGGCAAACCACUUUUAGGCCAUGAAACUGCUUUAAAGUUGGGUUUACUUCAUAUUGGCCCAUUGCCGCCUGGGAAAAUUCAUUCUCUUGAACCAGCACAAAUUAAAUUAGGUCAAAAGCAAACAACAGAAUCUAUUUUGUCUGAAUAUGAUGAUAGAUUUCAAGGAUUGGGAAGAAUUAAAGAUUUUAAAUUGAAACUUUACAUUGAUGAAUCUGUUCAGCCAGUAGCACAAAAUGUCAGAAGAAUUCCAUUUAAAAUGAAAAAAUUAGUUGAGAAAAAGAUAGACGAGUUAGAAAAACUUGAUAUUAUUGAAAAGGUAGAGGGUCCGACUCCCUGGGUGUCCAAUUUAGUUCCCAUCCCAAAACAAAAUAAUGAUGUAAGACUUUGCGUUGACAUGAGAAUGGCAAAUAAAGCUAUAUUGAGGGAAAGAUUUCCUAUGCCAAACAUAGAGGAGGUUUUGAUGCAGAUGAAUGGAUCUGUAAUAUUUUCAAAAUUAGAUCUAAAACAAUCUUUUCAUCAGAUAGAACUAGAUGAAAAAUCAAGAUAUAUUACCACUUUUGUAUGUCACAAGGGUUUAUACCAGUACAAAGUACUAAAUUUUGGUAUUAAUAUGGCCCCAGAAACACACCAGAGAAUCAUUCAGCAAUUGCUUCAAGAUAUUCCAAAUUGUCAAAAUAUUGCUGAUGACAUAAUUAUUUAUGCAGACUCUGUUGAAAAACAUAAUAAAGCCCUUGUCCAUGUCUUACAAAGGUUGUGUGAAAAGAAUCUGACUCUGAACCGUGACAAAUGUGAGUUUUGUUAA